UUUUGGGAAUACAACAAUAUUUCCCGGAAAAAACCCUCUCUAGACUACUAGAGUAGACAAAUACUAAAUCAAAGUGAAAAACAAUAUUACUAAACUUUAAUAUAGAUAGUUGUUAUUACCCGUUUCUUAAUCAAAAUAUUUCUUAUAAACAUGUUACAGCAAACUACAUACAAAGAAAAAGACUACCAAAAGAUAAAGUGGUCGGUUAUGAUAAUAUCAAGCAUUUUGAUGGCAAGCUUUCAUGCCAUAUUUAUUAAUCUGGCAAAAGUAAAUGGAGAAAUCACAUUUAGCUCAGCAUCUGUUGCUUUACUUAUUGAACUAUUGAAGCUGUGCAUCUCUGUUUUAAUGUUGCUAAAAGAUGCAUUUUUAAACAAACAUAGUAUAUCAAUUAAUCGUAAAGUCAUGUUGUUAUACAUCAUACCUGCAUUUUUGUACACUGCUAACAACAAUUUAGUUACGCAUGUGCAGCGUUUCAUGGACCCAGGAUCUUUUCAAAUUUUAAGUAAUAUGAAGAUUGCAACAUCAGUCAUCUUUUAUAGACUAAUUAUCAACAGAUAUGUGUCAAGAAAUAAAUGGUUAGCUGUUUUUUUUUUAUUUGUGGCCAGUGUGUUAAACAGUUUGGGAGGUUUAAAUAUCAAAAAUGAUCUAUCACUUAAAACCGUUUAUGUUACCAAAACUGGCAUAUGUUUAAUUUGUUUAUACUCAUGUAUUUCUGGAUUUACAGGUGUUUUUACUGAAGCUGUUUUGAAGACUUACAUCGAAACAUCGAUUAAUGCACAAAAUUCAAUUCUUUAUCUUUAUGGAAUACUUUUAAAUAUAUUGCUUUACACUUCUUCCAGUCAAUCAUUUCAAGAUUUUUUUCGAGGGUUUUCCUUAUGGACUUGGCUUAUUGUGUUAACUCAGGCCGUUAAUGGAAUCAUAAUAUCCUACGUUUUAAAGCAUUCCAGCACGAUUGUUCGAAUGUUUAUAAUUUCGUUUGCAACUGUUCUGACACCACUUUUUUCUCACUUUAUAUUUGAUCUGACACUAAACUCAUACUUCAUAAGUUCAAUAGUUGUUGUUAUAUUUGCUUUGUACUUGCAUUUUAAUUUUUAGUUUAUAUAUAUGUUAAAAAAUUCUUAGGAGAACUUAAUAAAAGACUCGAUCUUCGAAAUCGCCGUAAAUUAAAACAAAUAAAAAAUAUUUUUUUUAAUGUUAAAUUGUAAAUAAUUGAAUCAUUGUUAAGGUAAUGCUCAAAAUUAAAUA